AUGAAGUUUGAGCAGCGGCUGUUCCAGUAUACGUUUAGUACAGGAGCCGAAGAGCCUCACUUUAUCAUGUUUAGAGGUCUACAAAGACUCAACAUUAUCCGGUUACAAAUUGAACUCGCGCAAAUAAAGAGGAUUGCCUCAGAAACUAAGCAGUUGCCAAGAGACAAAAGUGAAGAACUAACUAAGCUUCUUCACGACUAUACCAACGUUAUUCGUGACUAUGAACAUCUCAACAAACUAAUCCCCGUCACCGGAUCUCAGGCCCGAAACCAGCGGCUCGACAUCGAGCAAGCUUUUGCCGAAGUCGGAAACCUAUCCGAAGACCCAGGAACUUACCGUCGACUGCCGGACACGUCAAUGCUAGCCAGCGACCCACUCCGCGAUAUCCUCAGGGCUGUUCUGCCAAAGUCUCUAACGUACACCAAGCGAGAGAUACAGCGGCGGACACCAGAGUUUCUGGAGGGCCAACCGCCUACGGAGGUUUCUGCCUUUGUAGACAAGUUGGCACGGUUUAUUGUUGCGAUUAUUGGUGGUGCGGCGCUUGUGGUGCCGAUGCUGAUUAUGAGAUUGCCGGAGGUAACAUUAACAAAGAGCUUGGUUACGGUGUCGGUGGCGGUGUUGCUCUUUGCUUUGGUGCUGUCGAGUUUGUUGAGGGCGAAUAACAUGGAGACGAUGGUGUCUACGGCUACGUAUGCGGCGGUUUUGGUAGUCUUCGUGGGAACAACUUCAUAA